AUGUCCAAGAUCAGACCACCAUUCAGGGCAGGAAGAAAACCCAAGAGCUGAGGUGGUGUAGCGUAGAUUCCACAAAUUCAUCGUACCUAUGGGAAAGACAAAAGUUAGAAUGAUGCCUCAUUCAUUAGAUUUUGUGCACAUAUAUACAAUCCAACAUCCUCACCCUCUGAAUGGUAUUAAGGCUUCAAAGAAGCUUGUCCUAAUUGUCAUGAGCAACGUAUAUCUUGACUUAAUACUGAGUGUCGAUCGCUCCUUUGCCUGGGCAAGAUCUGACGACUCAUGCCCCAAAGAUGGCGGGUUACGAGUUCAGACUGUACAAGAUCGUAGUGAAAUCGCAGCUUCACCACCGUUUGCGCUGAUCCUGAGCAGCGUGUCAGCCGAGAGGGAACUCGGUAAAAAAAUUCGGCUCGAGGGCCUCACUCGACAGCCUAGUCCUUGCUUAGGCGAUCGAAGUGAGGGCGAACCACUAUCUCUUGAUAGAUCUGAUCAGACGCUUUCUUUUUACCAGUCAAGAUAGUACUCUUUACAGCUCUCCAAUCCCUACUUUUCGCGCAAAAUUAUAACGGUGAUAACGUUUUCCGUCAUCGCAAAAGAAAAACUCAAAAACAAAAGCAAAGAACUCAUCUUCAACCUCUCAAUCAUUAGGGUUUCCCUGAUUAUCAAGUGAUCAACCCCACAAAAUCAUAGUUAUCAUCUAUGGACGAUCCUACGCUAAGCAAUCAACGCAAUCAAUCUGUUCCUUCAACUCCAAGUCUCAACGUCCCGACCACAAUGUCCGACUCUUCCUUCCACCUCGAAAACCUUCCGUCUCGGACAAUGCACAUCAACCGGAUGAUCAACUCCAGCUACAACCGCUCUCCAUCGCGCACAAUUUACUCCGAUAGGUUCAUCCCUAGCAGAUCCGGCUCCAAUUUCGCCCUUUUCGACAUCUCCAAUUCUCCCACUUCAACCGAAGGAAAAGAAGACGGUUCCGGUACUUAUAACAGCCUUUUACGCGCCGCUCUUUUCGGUCCCGAUACGCCCGACAAGAAGGACUCGUUGGACGCUCCGGCUUGCCGGAAUAUUUUCCGGUAUAAAACUGAAACUAAACGGUCGUUACACUCGCUUUCUCCUUUUGGGCUCGAUGACUCGGUCCCGGGGAUUAGCCAUAGCCCCGUUAAAGCUCCUAGGAAAGUUCCCAGGUCACCUUACAAGGUUUUGGAUGCACCUGCAUUGCAAGAUGAUUUUUAUUUGAAUUUGGUGGAUUGGUCUUCGAAUAAUGUGUUGGCGGUGGGGUUGGGGAAUUGUGUUUAUUUGUGGAAUGCUUGUAGUAGUAAGGUGACAAAGCUGUGCGAUCUGGGGAUUGAUGAUAGUGUUUGUUCGGUUAGUUGGGCUCAACGUGGAACUCAUCUCGCAGUUGGGACUAGCGACGGGGAAGUUGAGAUUUGGGAUGCUUCUCGCUGCCAGAGGGUAAGAACAAUGGAGGGGCAUCGAUUACGCGUUGGGGCUUUAGCUUGGAGCUCUUCUCUGUUAUCUUCUGGUAGUCGUGACAAGAGCAUUCUUCAAAGAGAUAUACGUGCUCCAGAUGAUUUUGCUAGUAAACUCUCUGGUCACAAGUCCGAGGUUUGUGGACUGAAGUGGUCUUAUGAUAACCGUGAACUAGCAUCAGGCGGAAAUGACAACAAACUUUUUGUUUGGAAUCAACUUUCCACUCAACCUGUCCUGAAAUACUGUGAACAUACCGCUGCUGUAAAAGCAAUCGCAUGGUCUCCUCAUUUGCAUGGCCUUCUUGCAUCUGGAGGUGGUACAGCUGAUCGAUGUAUUCGAUUCUGGAAUACAACCACUAACACACACUUGAGCUGCAUGGACACUGGCAGUCAGGUAUGCAAUCUUGUGUGGUCUAAGAAUGUCAAUGAACUCGUCAGCACUCAUGGAUACUCUCAAAACCAAAUAAUCGUCUGGAGAUACCCCACCAUGUCGAAGCUGGCUACUCUUACGGGUCACACAUACAGAGUUCUUUAUCUUGCAAUCUCACCUGAUGGACAGACGAUAGUUACUGGAGCUGGAGAUGAGACACUAAGAUUUUGGAACGUUUUCCCGUCCCCAAAAUCCCAGAACACGGAUAGUGAAAUUGGAGCAUCAUCGUUUGGAAGAACCACAAUUCGUUGAGUGCGUCAAGGAAAAUUGAGUGGACAGCAUACUCGAGUUCUGGAUGAUCAGACUUGGUCAUGAGAAAUAUAGUGGAAUGCUCCGAAAUAUCAAAUUGUGAAGCAAACCUACCACAAAAGCAUUGAAAGAAAUAGCAACAGGUGCAAGAGCUAAUUUAUUGCUAGUUUCUUGCAACUCAUUGUUUUUUAAUCCCAAUUUUCUUUUUGGUUAAAAUAGAGUUGGGGGAGAUGCUAUUAAUUGUUGGUAGCAGCUCCCUUCCCUUCCACUGUAAAUUAAAAGUAAGUUGUAAGUUAGUGGGAUUUAGAUGUAAGUAAAUGCGGGAUAUGGAUACAUUUCAUUUUUUAUGAGAUUACUUAUAUUUGAAAGGCACACAGUUAUUUGAAGAAA